AUGCGACUUAAUAUUGAUCUUUUAAAUAAUGCUCCAUCUUAUAUUAACCCAGCAAAAGAAAGAGAACUGGAUUUACGGGGUCAUAAGAUCCCAGCAAUUGAGAAUUUAGGUGUUACCAAAGAUCAAAAUGAUGCUAUUGAUUUUACAGAUAAUGAUAUACGAUUUCUUGGAAAUUUUCCGAAGUUGAUUAGAAUUCGAACGCUUCUUUUAUCUCGUAAUAGAAUUUCCUCUAUUUCAUCUCAGUUGUCGUCAACUGUUCCAAAUUUAAGGACACUUAUUUUAACCUCGAAUUCUAUAUCUGAACUUUCUGAUAUUAGAUGUCUUUCUGGUCUCAGAAAGCUUACGUUUUUGAGUCUUAUGGAUAAUCCUGUUUCACGAAAAGAGAAUUAUCGAUUAUGGGUAGUUUGGAUAUGUUCAAGUCUUCGUGUUCUUGAUUUUUCCAGAGUUCGUCAAUAUGAACGGGAGGCAGCAAAAGUGCUUUUUGGUGUAUCUAUAUCUGAGCCUACUGCAUUAGCAGAAUCUAUCUUAGGGGUUAAGUCUCAUGCAUUUGAUAUUCAUGAAUCAACGGAUGAAGGAAAAGAUAACUUUAAAUUAACUGAUGAUGAAAGAAAACGUAUUCAAGAUGCUAUACGAAAUGCAACGUCAAUGAGUCAAGUCGUAAAAUUAGAGGCAAUGUUAAAUGAAGGUUGGGUACCAUCUAAGUAA